CCUUUAUUUUUGUUUACUGCUUGCCGUAUGUCAAAUGGAGUGGUUAGACUUUUUAACGGACUGAAUAAAGUGUUAGGCCCGUGUUGCCAGUUAUCAGCAGUUGGUGUACAAAAACGGACGGGCUGGCAUCACUAAGGCAUCGGUAUCAAUUAUUUUCGAUAAUCGAGAAAAAUCACAAAGUCCAUCUGGUUAUGAAGUAUACGAUGAAAUCACGGUGACGAGGCAGAUGGUGGUUGGUGGUCGCAUCAAGUACUCGAUCAAUGGGGUGAAUGUACAGAAUAACCGCGUAUUUUCGCUGUUUGAAUCCGUUAAUUUGAAUAUCGAUAGCCCGCAUUUCUUAAUCAUGCAGGGUCGAGUAACCAAGGUCUUAAACAUGAAGCCGAAAGAGGUUCUUGCAACGGUAGAGGAAGCUAUUGGCACUAGACUUUACGAAACAUCGAGAAAUGAGGCACUGAGAGGUAUUGAAACGAAAGACAAAGAACUUAAGGAAAUUGGAAUGGAAGCAUUGCUAAAGUCAAAUGACGUGAUAGCAGAAUUAAAAAAGUCUGUAGAAACGCUGAAAGAGCAAAUAGGCGAGGAUGAACAACGCAUGGCUCAAUUGCAAAAGGAAAUUGAUCUCAUUCAUACCACUAAAAACCAGGUACGAGUCGCAUAUUUUGAUUCGUGUUUGUUCAUUGCGUACCUAAUUUUUUUGGCAUAGUC